AUGCCACCCAAGAAACGUUUCGGCAAAGUGGAAGGGUUGUUCAGAGGCAUAUCGAAUGUCUGGGGAUCGCGCUUUGCGGCAACUCUGCGAGCAGCUGAGGAAAGGGAGGAAAAAGCCCUUGGAGUUGACAAGGUGACACCAAUGCUACAGACAAGUAUGGAACCAUUAAUUAAACACGCAUCAAAAAAGAAAAAGAGAGAUGAUGGGGCGAUGACGGAGAUGAUGACUGCAAAGAGAUCUAGGAGAAGGGACGCUACCAAGGAUCUUCUGACUGUGAAGCCAAUGACGGUGGUUCAAACAUCACGCCCCACAACUGUUAAACCGAGUACACCAGAAGAAGUGGCUCCUCAACCAGCUUUUACCGUCAAGAAGCCAUCAGCUGCUCCUUUUCCUGCGACUCCUCCAGCUUCUACACCUCCCCCUCCUCCUCCUCCUCCUCCUCCGCCGCCGCCUCCUCCUCCUCCUCCACAAGAUGGCCCAAGCGCACCUGCACGACCGGAAGCUAGUUCUCCAGCUCCUAUUGCCAAGUCCAGUCCACCACCACCUGCACCUACGCAACCUCAGUCGCCACCACAAGGCCCUCAGGCUACGGGUGAUGCACAAGGACAACCACCACAAACAACACCACCACCUCUUGAUAAGCAGACCCCUCAAGUCGCACAAGUCGCUGCGAGUGGUAUGAAGAUGGUGCAAAAAUGGGUUCAAAGAGCGCUCGAUAUGGGAGUGGACGCACUGAGGUCAGAGUAUCGUAGCCUUGCUCGAUACACCUUACCGGAUAUGACUGUUGAAGCUUUCAAGGCUAAUCAGGAAUUUGGAAGAAACAGGUAUCAAGACGUGCCAUGUCAAGAUCAGAAUCGCAUCGUACUGAAAUGGCAUUGUGCAGCGACCGAUUAUAUCCAUGCCAACUAUGUUGGAACGCCCGUGUCCGAUAAACGAUUUAUUUUGACGCAGGGUCCAUUAGAAGGUACUGUCAAUGAAUUCUGGCAAAUGAUAUUGCAAGAAGAAGCGGAAACUAUAGUCAUGCUUUGUAACUGCAUUGAAACUGGCAAGCACAAAUGCUUCCCAUACUGGCCAGACAAACCCGGAGAUACACGCAAUUUCAACGGUGGCCAAGUCGUCAACAUUCAGACACGAGUACUUUCUCCAGAAGAAUUGACCGUAGUCGUGUGCAUAUUGAAGAUAAAUUACUCGCGAGCUGAUGGUUCUAUGGAUUCAAGAGAAAUUCGCCAUUAUCAGUGGCAGGAUUGGCCCGAUCGAGGAGUUCCACCGUGCAAGUUGACUAGCAUGGAACUGCUGUCACGUGUUCGUGGAACAAGCAAGCCAAUUGUCGUACAUUGCUCUGCUGGUAUAGGGCGUACAGGAACGAUUGUCGCAAUCGAGUAUAUUCUCGAACGGAUGCAGGCUGGGCACGAAUGUGCUGCGAUGAACGAUCUCCUCAAAGAACUCCGCAAUCAGCGAGCGUAUACAAUUCAGAAUGAUUUGCAAUACUUGUACAUUCAUCGAGUGAUGUUGUGCUAUUUUCUUGAAAAACAUGGGAAAAGGUAUGAGGCAAUUCUCACUGAUGAGAACAAAGCGAAGUACAAAAAGUUUAUCGAAGACUACAAUGCGGUUACUGGCGCUUGAAACAGCACGAAAUCUCCAAUUUUCAAUUCUUUUACUACUACUCCUUUGUCUAUUGUCAUUGUUCCAAAUAAUCGCGCGAAUAAGAAUGUAGAG